ACAAAAUUUUGUUUAUCUUUCCACCGAAUUUCAUUACAUUAGUGAGGGUUCUUCCUUCUUCUCAUGAAUAUGGACGGGAGGAUUAUGAAAAAAAAUAAAAUCUUAAGAUUGUUAGUACACAAAACGAUCUUGAGCAAAAAAGAAUACUAGGACACAAAAUAAAGUAAAGUCGGCUUCGUUUAUUUCAGAACACGAGAGAAAGGGAGAGAGAAAGUUGAUAAAACCGUCAAAUUUGAUUCCUCUGAAUUGAGGUAUUGUGUAAGGGCACUUUCUGUUACAUCGUUUUUUCAUUUUGAUUUUGGAUGGAUAAAGGUAAAGGUGCCAAGGCAUUAGCGACCUCUUUGCAAAACCUCGAUUUGAAUCCUCCAUCCAACAUCAAGUCCAAGUCUUCCAUUACAAUCGCCCACCCUCAAUUCCCCGGAUUACUGCCUAAGAAGGCAAAGCCUCUGAGUUUAGUCAGCCUUUGUGUUGGAGUUCUUGGAAGACAUUUGGAGGAUAUUAUUGCAGAUUUGAGUGAAAUUGCUAUCAACUUGCCAGCUGAUAUAAAGAUAGCAGUGGCAGCUAUUGCUAGAAGAAGAAAAUUGCUGAAUGAUGAUGUCCUGAUCGCAUUAGCUGAUACUUCCUGGGAAAUCCUUGAUGUCUCCGGCUCAGAUGUCUCUGAUUUUGGCUUAAUAAAAGCAGCUGAAGUAUGUAGAUUCAUUAAAGCUCUAGAUAUAAGCCGGUGCACCAAAAUUACUGCUAAUGGUAUAUCUGAGCUUGUGAAGCACUGCCAUUUAUUGGAGACAUUGAGAUGCGGAGGGUGUCCAAGGAGUGACAACACUGCACGGAGAUGCUUAGGCAUAUUUAAACCAAAGUUUGAUGAUUAUGUGGAGGAGGAUUCCUGGGAGGAGCUUGAUACGAAAGAAAUUGCCAGUGGUGCACAAUCACUCAGGUGGCUAGUAUGGCCAAACAUUGAUAAAAAUUCUUUAGAGGACUUUUCCACCGAGUGCCCACGUGUUGUGGUAAAUCCCAAGUCAUCACCCUUUGGGUUUAAGGGAACUGAGGUUCCUCAGGAAGCAUUACAAAAUAUCCUAUUGGAUGAUGAAGUUGUCAAGGACAUUGAUCCCAGAACAUGGACAAUGCAUGGGUUUGCAUUGAAGCCCAUGUCUCCAUCUUUAAGUUCCACUGAAUUAUCAGUAGCUGAAAAAUUCAGACUUGCAUUUGUGGAAAGGGACAACCGAUUAGCUCCGAAGCGAGCUAAAAAUGCUCGGCAACAUCAGCGCCGUGCAGUGCGGGAAUUGAUGCUGAUCAGCACAAGAGCCAAGGCAAUGGUCUUAGCCUCACAAGUGAGCAAGUCCCUUCAUGGCCGAAGCUCAUAGAAUUCUCACAUCACAUGCAUUUUUCAGUUGCCUCAAAAUGUACUACUAACUUCUUCUGUACUGUAUAUAGUAAGAAGUUGUUGGUCACACAGAUUUUGAAUCUUAAGAUAUCUCCUUUGACAAGUCAGAAAGAUCAGAGCUUUCAAUUUUUGCCUUGUUUGAGGUUCUGACCAAGUGAAGCGGGGUUAUUCCUCUGUCAAAAUCAAAACUGCUUAUAAUGGACCGUUAUGAGAAUGGUUGAUGAGAAAAAGAAGAACACGGCAAUUUACACCCUGUGUGAAAUAUCUCAAACCGUUUCCAAUAUAAUUUUUCUAAUGCAAAAGUUUUGGCUGCAACUUAAA